AUGGCUUCAGGACGAUUCCUAGAGCAGCCUAUCCAACUGAGGCAUGACGAGGAAGAGGAAGAGGAGCUAGAGGCUUCUGACCAGGAUUCGAACAGUCAAACGCAGUCAGAGAGUGACGCCUCUGCGGGAGGCGACCCGCGGUCUGAAGAUGAAGACACCGCUCUAUCAUCCGGGUCAGAAGCAGGCGAAGAAGCCCCUCUGGGUGACAUCAGCUUCGGUGUUCUAGCCAAAGCCCAGGAAACCUUCGAUCCCAAACCUCGGAAACGAAAACUUGCGGAGAGCUUGGAAGAGCCCUUAUCAGAUCAGCGGGAGGCGAACCGAGCAGAAUCCUUCGAUACGCGAAAAAGAGCCAAGGAGGCACGGAUCAAUGCACCCAAGAGAACCUCAAAACACGCCCCUACCGUUGAAUCGGCGCGCAAACCGGUCUCGCGAAAGAGAAUCAUAUUCGAGCCAUCCCCAGCGUUGAAAGCGCGAGAUCCUCGCUUCGACCCUACAGUCAUGUCCGCAAAUCGAGGUAUAAACGCCACCGAGAAGGCGAACAAGAACUAUUCUUUCUUAUCCACAUAUCAAGCCGACGAGGUUCUCCAGCUCAAGGCUCAAAUCAAAAAGGCAAAGGAUCCCGACGUUGUUGCCGAUCUGAAGCGACAAGUCAUGUCCCUGGAAUCAAAAAUCCGCAAUGCAGAGGCGCACCAACGCGAAAAAGAGAUCCAGAAAAGACACAAAGAAAAAGAAAAGGAGGCGCUCCGGACCGGACAGAAGUCAAAGCCUUACUAUUUGAAGGAGGCUGACAUCAAGAGGCUUGCCAAGGAGGAGAGAUUGCAAAGUCUGGGCAAGAAAGGGCGGGACAAGGCAGAGAAGAGACGAAGGAAGAGGGAAAAGGCCAAAGAAGCGAGGGAUAUGCCCAGGGUCAGACGUGAGCGAUAG